AUGGGGUUGAAGCUGUCCAAGAAGGGACCCAAACUUCCUCGAUAUUCGAGGCUAAGCCUCGUCGAAUGCCUCCAGAGAAACUACAUACGAAGCCUUGUCUCGAAACAGAGGAGGCGAAUGCUCGUUGCUGGCUAUGACCUCGACAUGACCUACAUAACCGGCCGACUCCUCGCCAUGUCUUUCCCCUCCGAGUCCGUGCGUGCGUUGUACCGUAAUCCCAUGUGGCAGGUCGAGUCAGCGCUCGAGAUGAGGCACCACGAUCACUACAAGGCGGGAAAAGGUCGAACGGGCUUGAUGGUAUCCUGUUACCUCGUUUACACGGGCAUGUCGUCCGAGAGGGCUUUGCACUUGUUUGCAGAAAGACGAACUACCAAUAACAAAGGAGUUCCCGGAAAGAGGUACGCGCCACCAGCCGAGGUUUCGAAUAGCUGUUGCAGACGAAUAGAAAAAAAUCACGAAAAGUCAUCCAAUAAGCCUCUGUAUUACUUCUCAUUAGUUGAGAAGGAAGAAGACAAAGAAGAAGCUGUGGAGACUCGUUUGGUCAUCCAAAUGGACACUGAAAGUUCCAUAAUCUACCAAAAGAAAUGUCUCGGUUUUGAUUAUGAGAAACCCUUGCAAGUAAAAGGGGACGUGCGCUUGAUUUUUUACGAAAAGCUAACGGGAGGUCGUUUAUUCUAUGUCUGCUUUAACACAACUUUCAUAACUGGCAGCUUACUGCAGUUCUCGGUUAGGGAUUUAGACAAAGUCGGUAAAAGGGGUCGAUCGAUAUGUGGGCCUUCAUUCUGCCUUGAGCUGUUUUUCGCUCCCUCGUACGCUGAUUGCUUGGUGUCUCCAUCAAAAGGCGAUGUUCUUUGUCGAAUUUGA